AUGAGUCCACGAUCCUGUAAAAUAGUGAUUGCAGCCUCUGGCAGUGUAGCUGCUAUGAAAAUACCGAUUUUGAUAAAAUCUCUAUUGGAACCGAGUGAUAAAAGAAAUUAUGUUUUUGAGGUUCACCUUGUAGUGACGGAGCACGCUAAACAUUUUUUCAAGAUGACGGACCUACCGACGGAUGUGAAAGUAUAUGAUGAUGCUUUGGAGUGGCAAGCCUGGCAGCAAAGAGGUGACCCAGUCUUACACGUAGAACUUGGAAAACUAGCGGACAUGAUGGUAGUUGCACCAUUAGAUGCCAAUACCUUGGCUAAAAUGGCACAAGGCUUAUGUGAUAACCUCCUUACUUGUACAACAAGAGCUUGGGAUAUGAACAAGCCGCUAAUAUUCUGCACUGCAAUGAACACAAGAAUGUGGGAACAUCCUGUAACAGCGCAGCAUAUAGCCACAUUGAAGCAGUGGGGUUAUAUAGAAAUACCCCCUAUUGCGAAAACUUUGAUUUGCGGAGAUGUUGGUGUAGGGGGGAUGGCAGACGUCCAAACAAUCAUGGACAACAUUGUGAAAAUUGCAGACCAGAAAUUUAAUAGAGUUGUAUUACUUUUAGCGGCUACAGGAAGUAUCGCUGCAAUUAAAAUACCGCUCCUGUUAAAAACUCUGUUGGACCAGCCAAUCUGUGCAACUAAUUAUAAGUUUGAGGUAUAUCUUAUAGCUACGAAAGCUGCAAAGCGGUUUUUCAAAAUAGAAGAUGUCCCUCCAGAAGUACAUGUAUAUGACGACGAAAUCGCAAGUCAGUUCUGGCAUCGCCCUGGUGAUCGUAUUCUCCAUGUUGAGCUAGCAGAAAUGGCUGACAUGUUGCUAAUUGCACCAUUAAAUGCCAACACGAUGUCUAAAAUUGCACAAGGUAUGUCCGACAAUCUUGUAACGAUUACCAUUCGAUGUUGGCCCCUAAACAAGCCGGUGGUCUUCUGCCCUGGAAUGAAUCCAAAUAUGUGGGCGCAUCCGAUCACCGCUCAACACUUAGCCACUCUUAAGAAAUGGGGCUUCAUAGAAAUACCACCGAUUCGUAAAAAGUUACUUUGUGGCAGUUAUGGAGUAGGUGGUAUGGCUAAACCGGAUACAAUAGUGAAAUUCAUUAUCGAAUUUGCUAAUACUGAGGGCCUAGUGUAA